AUGCAAAGGAAAGGCCAAAACUUUUUAAAUUUAUUGGAUAAUAUUGAAAACUUCAUCUUCUGUCCUUACGGCACCUUGGCAGAGGCCUUCACCUUUGUGCCCUUUUAUGCUGAUGUUGGUGAUACUGUUAAGGUUCCAACAGCGAUAUCGCAAGGUGGCUACUUUAGGAAGUAUGCUUUGUUGAAUGUUGCCCCUCUCCCAUUACCUACUCUUGGAGACAGCCGCUCAGAGAUUUUUGUGACCUACUCACCACACAGGGUUAGGCGACAAUUUGGGCUUGAUCAAGGGGUACCGAGCAGUCCUAACCAUAAUGACCCUUUUGUGCUGCACAGGGUCUUUUGGAGCAAUGAUAAUGUACCAAACAGUGGUGGGUCCCUUGUUUUAGCUAGCAGGGGGAGGAUUGGUGGCUUCUCUCAGGGCUACCAAGCCUACUGGAAUCGCUGCCUUGCCUCUUUCCGUGAAUUCCAAUCCUUUCCUGGCGACAUAUUGCCACCCACAACAGCUCGCCUUGCAGGUUUAGUGUCGGAAGAGAAUGCCAUCCCUCUAAGCCAAAAACGCAAUCUGCCGUUUAUUUCUAAGAGUGGUGACAUCGUUGGAGAAUUUCCCAAAAUGAGACCAAAAUCGGGAACGCCGAGUCCUCACAAUUCUGGAAAAGAUACGAUACCAGUGUCAGGUAAAUGGAAGCAGGAUGAGAAGCAAAGUGCAGGGAAAGAACAAACUGCCGAUAAACCUAGAAAAUUCAUCCCAAAGGUAGCACUAAGUGGCCCUCCUCGAACUGAAGAAGCAACUCCCUCAGAAUGUCCACAGCCUUCAAAGCCUGCUACAUCCGAGAGCUAG